CGACUUGCCGGUUGCGAUUACGAAGUUCUCUUCGUUUUACGUCCUUGAAAUAUUUUGCUUUUAAUUUUCAAUUUCGCAAAAAAAUCUGGUGAUUUGGUAGAUUUUAUUCAUCGAUCAAUUUAUUCCUCUACUUGGAACUUUCAUGUAAGGAGAAAAGAUUUAAAAAGGAGAAGAAAUUCAGCAUGAAUUCUACAACGAUACUGACUGCAGACAUAAAGAAAAAAAUCUUCGAACUGGCUGAAAAGUAUUCUUCCGGAGUGUUUAGAGUCGUUCGGCGUGGUUUUCGGCUAGAUAGUGACGAUACGGUAUUGAGCAAACUACAAAUGAGAAUAAACCAUCAUUUUUGGUCGAUAUACAAGAACCCUGCCAUUUACCAUGCUAUUUCUACAGGCUCGUCCAUCCUGUUAGAAUUGCUCAUACUAAUUGGUACCAAAAUGAGUACCGAAAGCUGUCGUGGUGAAAAUCCACUAGAUUUGGCCAUUAAGUUGGGCAAUGAUUCGCUGGUGAAAAUUCUCACUGAAAACCAAAAUUCUAUGCGAGUUAGAAAGGGACAUUAUAACGAGCUACAAUUUGCUUUGACCUGUCGUAAUGUGGAAAACGUGAAAAAACUACUAUCUAAAACAUACAGCGGUACCGUAUUCACAGAAGACAUAGAUAUCGUAAAAUUUCUUUUGGACAAGGACGACGAAGUCAUUAUCGAACGAAGCAAAUUUUCAACUUUGCUCUAUUUUGCCGCGCGGAUUGAAAAUGACGAUGCUUUAGAACUUGUACUCUCAAAAUCUUCCACUUCUAAUAUCAAUGCCGUCGGUCCGCAUGAGGGAAGUCUGCUCAAGUUGUUGAUUAAAAACGACAAUGUAAAAAUGAUCAAUCUUUUGCUGGAAAAUGGUGUCGAUCUGAACUCGGAAGUGGGAGUAGAUCAAUUAAAAUAUGCAAUCGAGAAGGAUAUAUAUUUGGGCACCAUAAAAAGUCGUAUAAUGGAGACUUUUGUUGCCGCAUUAGCCAAGAUGAUCGAAAACCAAGAAUACGUGAGUAAGAGGACGAGAGACUGCAUAUUCCAAAACGAAAGGGUACGGCAUUAUUAUGAAAAGUGCGCAAUUGAAAUACGUCGAAUGAAAGAAGAGAAAAUAAGGGGAUACGAUCGAAUAUGUCUUUAUGAUAUUUUAACCAGGAAUCUUGAGAAAUUGGCAAGUUUGGCGAGGAACAAGACGGCGUUUAAAAGGCUAAAUCUAAAAAAGUAUGAGAAAAUGUUUCCCAUUUAUCGUAAUGAAAUAAAAAGGAACAACGAAAGGGCGAUUUGGAGACUUGAAGAGAUUGAAAGGCUCAUAAAAACGUUUCAGUACCGAGUAAAAUUACCGGCUAUGAUUUUUUAUCAAAUUUUCGGCUACUUGAAUGAUAUUGAGCUCAAGAAUUCGGUACACUAUUUCAGUCUUGUUGUGAACUUUUUUGCACAAAAAUAUUGAUUUUGUGCUCAUGUUAUUUAGUUUCUGGUUUUUUAUUUAAAACUUAUGUAAUUACAGUUUUAAAAUGACAAAAAAAACAGUCUUUUAAUGUAAAAUGAGAUUAUACAUUAGGAAUGUUGAAAUUCAUUAUUCACAUUAAACUGAAGUUAUUUACAUUUAUAAUUAUCUAUUUUGUACCUGAAGAAUAUUACGAGACUUGAUAAAAAUAUUGUAAUUUU